AUGAGCCAACUUAUACUGCCAGACCCGCCUCUGCAAGGCUUGGGAAUUCGUCUCCCCACCCCUCCCCCGCAAAUACUUCCAAAGACCACCCUACCUGUGACACCAGAGAAACGAAGAAACAACGGGCUAGCGAGGCUUUCACUGCAGAAGCGACCGCAGAGUCACUACCCUGUUGGCCCGUAUCACCUUAAAAAGUCGAAGGCUGCACCCAAGAGAAAGUCAAGCAAUCACGUACAUACCAGUCAGUCCAGCGAAUACGGCGAACUUGUGGAAUCAGAGAACCCAGACAUCGUGCUGGAAUACGAGGUGUACUUGGAGUAUGCUCUGGCCAGUGCCACGGUCGCCUCAGAAGACCGGAAAGAAAGUGUGAAGGCCUGUGUGAUCGUGACACACAUUGGGGAUGAUAUCACUGGAGGUGAAUGGACAUGCUCUAAGGACGGAAAAUCGGACUGCCCACACAAGAAGCAAGCACGCAAAUACCUUCAAGAUUUGAGUGGGCCAGAAACCAGCGAGGAUAUGGAGAACGACAGGGACAGUGAAGCCGACGAUCCUAUAUCCAUGCCACCGCACGGGAUUCCUUCGAUAUCUCAUUGGCCUGUCCUUGUACCUAUUUGGGCAUCACUAUCAAUGGAUAAGGUGCUAUACGGACGCCCUCCUGCCCUCAAGAAGCCCCCUCCCUCAAUUUUACUUGAUUCCUAUGCCCGCUGCUCCUGUGGGGCCCCUGCCUAUGAAGGAGACAAGAUCAUGACCACCUGCACGAUCUAUACCAUUCAGGAAGCAUUUUCGUGUCAAAUCAAGCUCCAAAAGUGCCCAAAUCAAUGUUCCGGCAGUCGAAGUCGCUAUGUUGGGCCCAAUGGUGCUGAACUUGGGCUGUUCAACUACAACAACCAGAUGUUGUUCUCUCACGACCUGCUUGACGACUAUACGCUGGCUUACACCUCUUCAGAGAGUCCAUUCAGCUUGUGGGUUGGCAUCGUCCAACAAUGA